AAUAGAUAAGGUAAACUGUCUUGUAUCUUGAUUCUUGAGUAAAGCUUCAAAUCGUUUUGUAAUUAACCUCUUGAGAAUCCUUACAGCUUAUUUUCCCUAAUCCUUUGAAAUUUCUUAGGUACUUUUGAAUUUGCAAAAAAACCCAAAAAAAACUGCAGAUUUGAUUCACUUUUUGAUGAAAUUGGUGUUAAUUUGAUGGUAUGAUAUCAAAUUCAUCAAACGUGAAUCAAAUCAAAUUGGUGUUAAAAAAAAAACAUGUCUUUAUACGAACCCAUGAUAGCAAAUGCUUAGGCCUCUCUCUGAUCAGAUUUGUACGAACCCAUGAUAGCAAAUGCUUAGGCCUCUCAUCUGUUUGGUAUUGACUGCCAUAAGAAAGUUUCUGGAGGCCGCAAAUGGAAGAGAAACUUCUGCAGGGUUACAAGCAAGGAAGUGGUAUAGUAUGUAGCUGCUGCGAUACAGAGGUAACACGCUGAAUGCAGUGACUAAUGUAAAUUGACAUUCUUUCUUUCUGGCAAUUUUUUAGCAUUAGUGGGCUGCUCUUUUUGGAUCAAAGAAUUCUAUAAUAUAUGGGCUUUUCCCCUUCCUUUCUUGUUAGCUAGGGUUAGUUUAUUGGUGUAUAUAUAUAUUCAAGAUCGGCAGCUUUCUUCUCUCCUACUAUCAUACUUGAGGUUUAUUUUCUUCUCUGUCAAAUUAACAUACACACUACAAUGGGAGAUUCACAGGAUGUGAAAGCUAAAGGUCAGUAUAACCAGUGGUUAGAACAUGAAAGCAAGAUGUUAGUCCAGAUGCUAGUGGAUGCAAUCAAUCAGGGUUUUUGUGAUGGUAAUGGAAAGUUCAGUAAAUUAACCGUGGAGACAAGAGUGUUACCGACACUAAACCAAAAUCUUGGCAUUAACAAAAGCUUCAAGGAGUAUAAAAAUAGGUUAAAGAUCUUGAAGAAUAAGUACAAUGGCUUGUCAGAUCAUUUUCGUUUUAGUUCUGGUUUUGGGUGGGACCCUAAAACGAAGAAAUUCACUGCUCCAGAUGAAGUAUGUGCUGACUAUUUGAAGGCUCAUCCAGGUAAAACAAAUCUGCGUGAUGACUCAUUUGAAGAUUUUGGAGAUUUACGAAUGAUUUUUGAAUCAAAUACUGCUACUGGAAGGAAUGCUGUGGGAUUAAGUGAUGCCAUUGAUACAAAUACAUAUGACGUUAGAGAGCAUGAAGGGACAACUAAUUCAAGUCGUGACCAAAUAAUAGAAGAUGAAGAAAUAGCAUAUGAAGAAACAUCUGUUCAAGAAGUUUUCUCUGCAUUAGAGACAAGAAGAGGGGGAAAGCUACCUCCAAGAAAGAAGGCUAGAACUGAAACUGAUGCACUUAACUCAAACAAGGCUGUUGAUGAACUGCAAGAUUCAGUUCAGCAGAUUUUUGGCAUGAUACAAAAAAGAUGGGAAAAGGAAAAUGAAGAAAAAGAAGCUGAGGACAAAGCUAAUAACGUGUGGGAUGCUAUCAAAGAAAUUCCUGAUUUGGAUGAUGGUUUGUGUUAUGAGGCCAUGACAUUGGUUCACAGCUUAGGUAUGAAAUAUGGAUUCGUCCAUAUGUCUAUAGCAGAUCGCAAGGGAUGGAUUCUAGGAAACCUUUGUAAACCAUGAGAUUGAAGUUGAAUGCAUCAACAAAAAUUGAAGAGGGUUUUUAUUUUAUUUAAUAGUUUUCGUUUUCAAAUUAGCAAUACCUUAUGAGCUCUCUUUUUAUUUUAUUUUUGAUUUAAGUCAUUUCUUCCUUUUAAA